AUGCCAGCCCCCCUGGAGACCUGCCUCUCGGACCUCGACUGCGCCAGCAGCAGCAGCAGCAGCAGCAGCAGCAGCAGCGACCUAUCCGGCUUCCUCACCGACGAGGAGGACUGUGCCCGGCUCCCAACACCAGCUCCUGCCUCGGGGACGCCCGUGCCAGUCCGCAGGGCCGUGCCCGGGGUUCCUGCAGCGCCCGAUACUCCCCGGGCGCAGGACGACGAGCAGGAGCGGCGGCGGCGCCGGGGCCGAGCGCGUGUGCGCUCCGAGGCGCUGCUGCAUUCGCUGCGCAGGAGCCGGCGCGUCAAGGCCAAUGACCGCGAGCGCAACCGCAUGCACAACUUGAACGCGGCGCUGGAUGCGCUGCGCAGCGUGCUGCCCUCCUUCCCCGACGACACCAAGCUCACCAAGAUCGAGACGCUGCGCUUCGCCUAUAACUACAUCUGGGCUCUGGCGGAGACUCUGCGCCUCGCCGACCAGGGACUGCCCGGGGGCGGUGCCCGGGAGCGCCUCCUGCCGCCGCAGUGCGCCCCCUGCCUGCCGGGGCCCCCGAGCCCUUCCAGCGACGCCGAGUCCUGGGGCUCCGGUGCCGCCGCCUCCCCUUGCGCCACCGCCGCCUCGCCCCUGUCUGACCCCAGUAGCCCCGCCGCCUCGGAAGAUUUCGCCUACGGCCCCGGCGACCCCCUUUUCUCCUUCCCCGGCCUGCCCAAAGACUUGCUCCACACGACGCCCUGUUUCAUCCCGUACCACUAGGCCCCUUAGGGACACCGUUAUCUUCCCCCGCCCUCAGGCAACAGGCAGUAGAAGGAGCCCCAGCCCGGCGGAGGGAGGGAGCAGGAGCUUUCAAGGGGUGGGAGAUACCUGAGCCGCUUGUUAGGUCGCUGCACCCUCGCCGAGGCUGCCCCCUGGUCUGUUUCUCCAGCCCUCAGCCCACGGCCCCUCCUGCCCGCCCUUAGACGGCCUUUCCUUUUGCACUUUCUGAACUUCACAAAACCUCCUUUGUGGCUGGCUCAGAGCUGACCCCAGCCACCACUUCAGUGUGAUUUAGAAAAGGGACAGAUCAGCCCCUGAAGACGAGGUGAAAAGUCAAUUUUACAAUUUGUAGAACUCUAAUGAAGAAAAACGAGCAUGAAAAUUCGGUUUGAGCCGGCUGACAAUACAAUGAAAAGGCUUAAAAAGGAGAGACAAGGAGUGGGCUUCAUGCAUUAUGGAUCCCGACCCCCACCACUGCAGGCUUGCUCUAGGAAGAACCCAGAGACUUGAGACUUGCGUAGCUAUUCAGGC